AUGAUUCAAAAAGACAUAGUAAAUGCUACUGCAGUUGAAACCACAAAUGCUAUAAUUAGAGACAUGGAUAAUGCAUUAUUCUCUAUUCUAGUUGAUGAAGCUAGAGAUGUUUCUAUAAAAGAGCAGAUGGCUGUUAUCUUUCGUUAUGUGGAUAAGAAUGGUUCUGUGAUUGAACGUUUCAUUGGCAUUGAACAUGUUGCCAAUACCACUGCCAUUACACUUAAAGAAGCUAUAGAUGCAUUGCUUUGUAAACAUAGUUUAAGCAUAUCAAGUUUACGUGGUCAGGAUUUCGACGAGCCACUUCAGUUAGCUUUGGUGGCUGUAGCAAAGAAACAUAGCAUUGUAGGUGCCUUCUUCACAUCAGUUGGUCAUGUUGUAAAUAUUGUUGGUGCAUCUUCUAAAUGGCGUGACAUUGUUCGAGAAAAACAGUCUCUCAAAGUUGUUCAAGCAUUGAAAGUUGGAGAACUUUCAAGUGGAAGAGGCUUAAAUCAAGAAAUUGAGAUUAAGUGUUCAGCCGAUACAAGUUGGAGCUCACAUUAUGGUACGCUCAUAAACUUUACUGCCAUGUUCUCUCCCAUAAUUGAUGUGCUAGAUGAAAUUGCAUUUGACAAAUCUGCACUUGAUGAGGAUUGUACUUUAAUUGGAAUUAGUCAUGAGUUGUCACAAGCCUUGCAAAAAGAUGAUCAAGAUCUAGGAAAUGCAAUGGAUUUAGUGAAAAUUUGCAAGAGAAAAUUGCAAGAUAUGAGGGAUAAUGGAUGUGAUUCUUUACUAGAGCAGGUUGUUGGCUUUUGUGGCAAGGAAAAUAUUAUGGUUCCCAACAUGAGUGAUCAGCAUCUAUGUAAAUGGAAAUCAAAACGCAAAAGUCCAGAAAUCACAAAUCUGCACUAUUAUCGCUUUGAUUUCUUUUGUGCUGUGAUAGAUCUCCGACUUCAAGAGCUAAACAAUCAUUUCAAUGAGGUUAAUACUGAGCUACUCCUUUAUUUGGCAUGUUUACGUCCGAAUCAUUCAUUUUCUUCUUUCAACAAGCAACGUUUGAUGCUUCUUGCUCAAUUUUAUCCGGAUGAUUUUUCUACAUCAGAUUUGCUGGUACUACAAUCUCAGCGUGAUAUUUAUAUUGAUGAUAUGCAAUCUAACACAAAGUUUCAAGACUUGCAAGGAAUUUCUUUUCUAGCACAGAAACUUGUCGAGACAGGAAAGCACAAGAUAUAUCUAUUUGUCUAUCUACUCAUAACCUUGGCACUAGUACUUCCAGUUGCAACAGCCACAGUUGAAAGAGCAUUCUCUGCCAUGAACAUCAUAAAAAAUCGAAUGCGAAAUUGA